AUGGCCAAGCAUCAUCACUCCAAAAAGAUUGAGAAGAGCAGUGCCUCGUCCCAAAGCUCAAAAGCAACCAAGAAGCAUAUUCCAACCCACAUCAUCCCCCCAAGAACCUACAAGCCGUAUCAAACAACAAGCUUGGAAACUCCGCUAUGGCAUCUCAUUCUACAACCAUUAUGUCUCAGCUGCUUGCGACCUGUGUUGGCUAGUCUGUACAGACUUCGUGGCAUGGUCGCACAUCCAAUGAGGAUCAAUAUCGUUCCAAACUUUAUCGCAUGUUUGUUGCCAGCCCACCUCGCCUCUACUGCAGUGGGAGAUUUGAUCUUGCUGGUUCCGAUCCUGGUAUUUAUUCUACGAGGAGCUCAUUACACCUUUAUUGCGCCAUCUCUGGAAUUGGGUGGCUACAUGUCAGCCUAUUGCAUAUUUGUGGCAUACUUGACAGCCAACAAAUCCAAUUCCCUGUUUACGUGGUUGUUCGGGAUUCCCUAUGAGCGUCUCAUUGGGUUGCACUGGUUCUCCUCUGUGGCUGGAGUUGUCCUUGGCACCUUUCACUGCUAUGUGUCCUUCGUAUUUGGAGGAGAUGACAAUGGAGAUUCGAGAUUCUCUAAAGCUGUGGGAAGCACCCCAGACUUUGGCAAGUUUCUUUUCGACGGGGUAAACAACUGGUCUGGAACCAUCUUGCUCGAUGCCAUGGGAGCCAUGGUCCUGAUGAGUUUCUUUCAAUUCCUUCGCCGCUAUGCCUUCAAUAUUUGGUAUUUCCUUCACAUGGUCUUUGGCAUUUUGAUUCUGGUCAUGCUAUUCCUCCACAGUGUUCCAUCGGCUGCCUUUGUCACCGCCUGGUGGGCCUUGGACUUACUUGUUCGAUAUGCCGUCAUGGCCGGCCUCAAGAAUGUGACUCGUGCCAGACUUCGCGUCAUUGGAACCCAACAUCGAGGCAAGACGGCUCGUUUGGUGGAACUUAUUGUGGAGAAACCAGCAGGAUUCCAAUACAAUGCCGGGCAAUUUGUUCGCUUGGCAGUUCCAGCCAUAUCCACUGUGGAAUUCCAUGCCAUCUCCAUUGCCUCUGCUCCAGAUGAAGAAUAUAUUAUACUUCAAGUAAGAAAGCUUGGAGAUUGGACAGAACGGUUAUGCCAGUUGGCCGAAACGACCGACUUCACAGACGUUCUACUGGAAGGUCCCUAUGGGGCCAUGUCGAUAGACUUGGAAGACGAUAACAAGUACACCAUGGUGUUAUGUGUCUCGGGUGGAAUCGGUGUGACACCGUGCCAAUCCGUUGGCAAGCAUCUCUUGUUGAAACAUCGGCAAGAGGGCCGACGAUUGAAAAAGCUGAACUUUGUUUGGGCGGUCAGAGACUUGCAAAUGGUCGAAGAUAUUCCUCCAUUGUUCUUGGGAGCGACACCAACCACAAAGGACAAUAGCGAAGCUGCUCAAAUAGAAGAAGACUACUCCAAGUCCAGCCCAGAAUAUCAGCGAAUGAUGGAACGAUCUGAUUACUUUCGCAGUUCUAAAUUUGAUGAGGAUUUGAGGACACCUCAUGCCAGUGGGUUCGAGUUGCUUCGUCGUCCCGCAGUGGUACAAGCCGACAUUUAUUGCACGCAGCAAAAACUGGCCAAUGACAUUGAGAGAGCCAAUGCCACGAUUUCAUUGCCAUACAAUCUUUGCAGUGGACGUCCCGACCUGGACAAAAUCUUUGAAGAAAUGAAGGAAAGUGCAAUUGCCAUGGGAGAAACGAACGUUGCUGUGAUUGGAUGUGGUCCAGCAAAGCUAAUAGAUGCCGUACAAGAGGCUUGUCGCAAGCACAGUUCAAGUGUUUUGUUGGGUGCUUGCGGAGAUGAUUCAGUAUUCUUUGACUUUCACAAGGAGCACUUUGAAUUGUAA